AUGACGAUAUCAGUAAAGAUGAUAAAUUAUCAUUUCUUCGGGGAGUUCUCACAGGACCAGCAUAUGACAAAAUACAAAUGCUCCCAAUCACUGGUGAAAGUUAUGACGAACAUUGGAAUCCAAGAGAAAGAAACCUCACAAGGACUAACCAAACUCGUAGAUGCAACCCGUCAACACCUAGCAGCUCUCAAAUUCUUAGAUAAGAAUCUAACAGAUGAAACUAUGGUAAUUAUACUCGAACGGAAAAUUCAUGAAAUUACAAAUGAUGAGUGGAACAAUCAUAUUAAGAAGGGAACUUUCCCAAGUCUAGAUGAAAUGUUAGAAUUUUUAUCUGACAGAGCUAUGAGAUUACUGAAUAGGAAAAAUGAAACAAUUCCACGCACCAACAACAAUUAUUUUCACGGCAACUACAAGAAGGUUCAACCUCAAAAAAGACCUUAUGGGCAAGCCUUCGCGAUCACUUCUGGAAGGAAAUGCUCAUUGUGUGGAGAAGACGUGCAUCCAUUUUUUAGAUGUGAAAAAUUCAGAGCUCUAACACCAACUCAACGUUUGAAGAUCAUCACCGAUGGAAAAAUGUGUAUUAAUUGUCUGCGAGACAAUCAUCAAGUUGACAAUUGCCAUUCACGAACCAAUUGCUGGGACUGCAAGGAACGCCACAAUACACUACUUCACAAGGCAAUACAUCCACCUGUUUCUUACAACAAUCCAUCCACUGUAGGAAAAUGUGACAACUCGAAUCCUGCUAGCAUCCCAAAUCAACAAAUAGUGAUUAGUGCAAAAUUAUAUGUGAUCGAUAAACACCAUCAACCAAUAGCAUGUCGAACAUUGCUGGAUACCUGUUCUUCAGCCAAUUUUAUCACAGAGAAAUUGGCAACUCAAUUGGGACUUCCGAAGAGACGAUGCAUUAUUCCCGUCGGAACACUCAAUGACACAGCCACGUACACGAAACACAGCAUCUCUGCCCAAAUUCAAUCUAUCAGCGAUCCAGAAUUUUUCAAACCAGCCCCAAUCGACAUGAUAUUGGGUUCAGGUCCGACACUAUCAUUAUUUUGCAUUGGACAAUACAACUUAUCUUCUAAGGAUAACCAAGAUUUAUAUCUUCAAAAAACACGUCUGGGAUGGGUACUUGGCGGAGAUAUAAUAGAAAACAAAUCCACAUUUCAACCAUCAUGUCAUUCUCUUAAUUUGGAUCGUACAAUCACUCAAUUUUGGGAAAUUGAAGAGCUCCCCAAGCAUAAAUUUUUAUCUCGAGAAGAACAUGCAGCAGAAAAUCAUUUCGUCCAUAAUUGCACGAGAGAUUCAUCCGGACGAUUAAUUGUUGCAUUACCUUUCAAUGCCAAACGAGAAAUGUUGGGAGAAUCCAGAAAUAGAGCAUUACAACGAUUUUAUUCCCUAGAGAGAAAAUUAGAUCGAGAUCCUCAAUUGAAAAUUCAAUAUUCAUCAGUUAUACAGGAAUAUUUGGAUUUAAAACACAUGUCUGAAACUUCUGAUGUUGAUAAGCCAGGUUUUUAUUUGCCACAUCACGCCGUUAUUAAAGAAAGCAGUUUAACAACCAAGGUUAGGGUAGUGUUUGAUGGUUCAGCCAAAUCAUCAUCAGGCAUUUCUCUCAACGAAUCAUUGUUGAUUGGACCCACAAUUCAAGAUAGCUUAUUCACAUUAAUAUUACGAUUCAGACAAUAUAAUUACGUUUUAACUGGGGAUAUUGAAAAAAUGUAUCGGCAGUUUUUGAUACGAGAGGAAGAUCGUAAUUAUCAGAGAAUAUUAUGGCGUAAUAGUAAUGGUGAAAUAAUAACUUAUCAAUUGAACACUGUCACAUUCGGUUUAUCAUGUGCACCAUUUUUAGCUAUUAGAGCGUUACAACAGUUAGCAACUGAAGAAACCAAGGACUUUCCCACGGCAGCACGAAUUCUUAAAAAUGAUUUAUAUGUUGACGAUUUGUUGACUGGAUUUGACAAUAUUGAUGAAGCUAUAAGUGCACGACAAGAAAUUACUGCAUUGCUCACACGAGGGGGUUUAAAUUUGCGUCAAUGGGCCUCCAACGACUUCAGAUUGUUACAAGGUCUCCCAGCUGAACACAUCAAUAAAAAAUUGCAACUAGAUAGUGAUAAGACAUUAAAAACUCUUGGGAUAUCAUGGAAUUCAGAGAAUGACUGUAUCACCUAUAAGGCAAGAUCUAUCAUACCAGAAAAUUCAAUCACCAAACGAAAGAUUUUCUCCGAAAUUGCAUCAAUUUUUGAUCCCCUUGGACUUUUGGGUCCAAUUAUUCUUAAAGCAAAAUGUGUGAUGCAGAAAUUAUGGGAGGCAAAGGUGCAUUGGGAUGAAUCGAUACCAAGUCACCUUCACACUGAUUGGAAUGAAUUUUGUAAACAAUUGCCGGCCAUUGACAAUUUGCAUUUCACCCGUCAUGCAAUAUCAACCAAUUUCACAACCAUUCAAAUCCACGGUUUCGCUGAUGCCAGUAAUACUGGCUACGGAGCCUGUAUUUAUCUUAGAUCAACCAAUCCAGCCAACCAAGUUCAAAUCACUUUACUCUGCUCCAAGUCUAGAGUUUCACCCAUGAAAUAUUUUUCCACUGCCAGACUCGAGUUAUGUGCAGCCCAUCUCCUUUCCAAAUUAUACAAAACUGUUCAAGAAGCCCUCACUGUACCUAUAUCCGAAACUAUCCUUUGGAGUGAUUCGAUAAUUACAUUACAUUGGAUCAAAGGCGAGACACACAAAUUAAAAACGUUCGUAGCCAAUCGAGUGAAUGAUAUCCAAGAUAACACAAAACAUUGUCAAUGGCGGUAUGUUUCAACCAACGACAAUCCUGCAGAUCCGUUAUCAAGGGGUCAAUAUCCUAUUGAAUUUAUCCAGAAUACCCUAUGGCACCACGGCCCAAGCUGGUUAACCAAUCAAGAAAGCCAAUGGCCAAAAAACCAUGUCGAAUUUUCUGACAAAGACCCUGAAGCCAAAAUCAUGUGCUUGAAGCUCACAAUAAAUAAUCCAAUCGAAUACAAUAAUUUCACAUCCUUUAACACUUUGAUUCGCUCGCUAGCCUUCUGUUUCAGAUUUAAACCCAGCAACAAGGCUUUACGUGUCAAUAAAGUAUUGUUAACUCUACCCGAACUCGAGUUUGCCCAUCACUGGAUUAUCAAGGAAAUACAAGGAAGAGCCUUCCUAGAUGAUCUUCCUUCACUGAAAGAUGCAGAUGAAUCUAAGGAUGCAGUCAGGGACCCAUUACAAUCUCCAAGGUUUCAAUCGAAGAAGUUGCGCCAUCUUACUCCAGUCAUCGAUAAAGAAGGAAUAAUUCGAAUGAAAGGCAGAUUAAACAACGCACCAAUCUCCUUCGAUCAAAAACACCCGAUUAUUCUUCCCAAGAACGAACGAGUAACAGAUCUUAUCAUCGAACAGUAUCAUCGAAACAAUCUACAUUCAGGGAUUCAAACUACGUUGUAUGCUUUACGACAGAAGUACUGGGUGUUGGAUGGUCGCAAUCAAGUGAGGAAAAUAAUUCGCAAGUGUGUGACGUGUUCCCGUGCAAAUCCAUUGAUUCCUAAAUACACUAUGGGAGAUUUGCCAGAGAAUAGGGUUACAGGAUUCACUCGACCAUUCAUCAACGUUGGAGUUGAUUAUUGCGGCCCUUUCUACAUAAAAGAGAAGAAAUUCCGCAAUCGAGUCAAGGUGAAGGCGUAUGUAGCAGUGUUCAUCUGCAUGGCUACCAAGGCAGUACAUCUCGAACUUGUCAGCGAUAUGACCACAGCAGGAUUCCUUGGGGCUUUGAGACGUUUUGUUGGUCGAAGAGGAAAACCAAUUAGCAUCCAUUCCGAUAAUGGCACAAAUUUUGUCGGAGCUAAUAAUGAACUGAAGGAAAUAAUUGAUCAUCUUCAGUCUGCUGAGAACAAUAGGAAGAUCCACAAUUCUUUAAUUAAUCAAGGUAUUGACUGGAAAUUCACUCCUCCAUUGUCUCCUCAUUUUGGGGGAAUCUGGGAAGCAGCAGUGAAAUGUUUUAAACACCAUCUCGUUCGAGUCAUUGGAUCUGAAGUAUUUACAUUUGAAGAAAUGAACACGCUCAUCAUUGAUAUAGAAGCUAUACUCAAUUCUAGACCCCUCACACCCAUGUCUUCUGAUCCAACCGACAUCUUGGUCCUCACACCUGGUCACUUCUUGAUUGGAGACGCACUAACGAAUGUACCUGAGAAAGAUUUCACCUACAUUCCUAAUAAUCGUCUGUCCAACUGGGAACAUAUCCAGAAGGUUCGUCGAGAUUUUUGGGUUCGGUGGUACAAGGAGUAUCUAAAUGAAUUAAACAUCAGACGAAAAUGGAAUUCUGGGAAUCAAGAUAUUCAAUUGGGAUCUAUCGUUAUCUUGAAGGAGGAUAACCUACCCCCGAUGCAGUGGAGGCUGGGCCGCAUAGUGGAGCUUCAUCCAGGAAAGGACAAUAUUGUCAGAGUUGCCUCUAUCAAAACCGGUACUGGAAUUUUGCAGAGGAAUUUAACGAAAAUUGCUCCACUCCCGGUCUCGUUAAACAAUGUCGGUGAGAAAUGA